AUGGCCAGCGUCAUGGCUGCCAAUCAGCAUAUGGAGACACUCCAGACCAUGCUCAACCUCGUCUACCUCAAUUCUGGUCGCUUUCUGAAAGAACAACAGGCCGGCGGCGGCACUGGUCGCAUGAAGCAACAACUGCAGCACCUCGUGCCAUCCGCUACUGAGCGCUUCCACGAUGCGCUCGACGAGCUCGAGAACGAGGUCCGUCUAGCGCAAACCGUCCUGCGCAGGGACAUGGCGCUGCUCAAGCAAGAUCGCAAGAAGAAGGAGGAGGAGGCCGCAGCGAAACAGCACGAGGUGGAGAAGGCGCGACUUGCCGCAGAGUCAAAGAGUGCGCCGGUCCCAGUUGAGGAAGCGCCUGUGAAGGUUGAGAAAGCCGCGACGCCAGCACCGCCCGAGCCACCAGCAGAGCCAGCACAGGACGCGCCUGAGCUAGCGAGCGCAAAGGAGCCUGGGCCUGAGGCGGACGAGGCUCCUAAGAAGGAAGAAGACACAAAGGCGCCACCACCCCCGCCCAUUGAGACCGACAUGGAGCCGCAAAGAGAUCCGCUCUUCGACGGCACGCCCACCACCGGCAAUGCUCAGGAAUCCGAGUUUGACUUCGAUGCCAUGUUCGGCGACGCCAUGGACACGACUGGCGACAACACCCACAACGAUAUGAUGGACACUUCGGGCGACAUGGACUUUACCCUCGACGACGGGAACGACGGGCCUUCGCUACUACGCGGUCUCGAGGACUUCGCCAAGGAUAAUGAUGACGACAACCCGAACCAGACUUCGAAUAUGGACAUUGAUUUCACCAUGCCAGACCUGCCAGGCUUAGACAUGAACACCGAGGCGAAUACGAACACAAACGACGACGCGACUGCUGCGAAGCCUGCAGAACCAGAGCCAGCACCAAAGGUGGAGGAGUCCAAGCCUGCCGCAGAGCCACCUACUGAAGAGAAGAAGGAAGAAUCGAUUACGACUACAAAUGACGAGAUGAUGGGCACCAUGGCUACAGACGACCUCGAAGAUCUUUUCAAUAUGGACGAGUACGAGAACCCUGAGCAGUCGCAAUUCGAUGAUGCGUUCUUCAAUUUUGAGUAG